AUGACAGAUGGUGAAAGAUUAAAGGUUUACCAUGCUUUGUUGGAAAGAAGCAACAAUGGACCAUUGAAGAGGACCCAUACAAGGGAAGUUGCUAAUUUACUGUCUGUACCGUUGCUAACUGUACAACGAAUUUGGAAGCUGGCUAAAGAUAUUCCUAAUGGUGAAGUUGUUGAUGUCUCGCAUAAGAGAAAGGGUAAAUGUGGUGGGAAGAAUAUUGUGUUUGACCUUGAUCGAAUUGUUGAUAUUCCAUUCAAUCGACGGAAAACUUUACGGUCAUUGGCGGCUGCUUUGAAAAUUAGUCGGACGACGUUGUGGCGAUGUCUAAAAAGAGGGCUCAUUAAACGACAUUCAAAUGCCAUCAAGCCACGUUUGACGGAAAACAACAUGAGAGCUCGACUGCAAUUUUGUCUCUCCAUGCUCGACAGAACUACUUUGCUCGGUCAUCCGAAGUUUGUUGAUAUGCAUAAUGUUGUGCAUAUCGAUGAAAAAUGGUUUUAUAUGACAAAAAGGUCAGAAAACUAUUACUUGCAUCCCAGUGAAGAAGAGCCAUAUCGUACAUGUCAAAGUAAAAACUACAUCGGCAAGAUAAUGUUUUUAGCUGCCAUGGCUCGUCCAAGAUUUGAUAACAAUGGAAAUGAGACAUUUUCAGGAAAAAUAGGAGUUUUCCCGUUUGUUACAAUGCAACCAGCUCAAAGACGUAGUAGAAAUCGAGAGGCGGGUACUUUGGAGUUAAAGCCCAUGACUUCCAUCAAGAGAGAAAAUAUAAAAGAUUUUCUCAUUGGAAAAGUUCUUCCAACAAUUCGUGAACGGUGUCCACAAGAAGAUUUUGGGAAAACAAUAUUUAUUCAAAAGGAUAAUGCAAGAACCCACGUUGAUCCAAGGGAUGAGGAUUUUAGAGCAGCUUCUUCUCAUCAUGGUUUUUAUAUCCGUUUGAUGUGUCAACCACCAAACUCACCCGACUUGAAUAUUUUAGAUCUUGGAUUUUUAAAUGUCAUUCAGACACUACAACACGAGGUGUGCCCAAAGACGAUUGAAGAACUUGUUUCUGCGGUGGAAGUUACGUUUGAUGAAUAUCCUCCAUAUCUGGUGAACCGGAUUUUUGUGACAUUGCAAUCAUGCAUGCAAGAAAUUAUGAAAGUCCAAGGAUCAAACAAGUAUAAAAUCCCACAUAUGAAGAAAUCCAAACUUGUGAUCCUAUUUUAA